CUUACAUACGCGCACAUGCAUGCACGGACGCGGACCCUCAGACACGCGCGCACACUGUCAUGAUCCAUCGCUCCGAUUCUCCGCAGCCUUCACAUGCGUCCCCACCGACUCCGAGUAGCGCUCUCUGCGCCAAGGUGAGCGUGGUCUCUGGGAUCCGAUGUGAGCGGCUCACCGCCUGACUGACUGACCCGGAGAGAGAGAGAAAGGGAAAGAGCGAGAGAGAGAGAGAGAGAGAGAGAGAGAGAGAGAGAGAGAGAGAGAGAGAGAGAGAGAGAGAGAGAGAGAGAGACCAUCUUUCCUCUCUCAAAACCCAUCUUCCCUUCGCUUGGGAGAGACCGCAGCGCCAGCCGUUUGUUUCGGCAUCUUUCUCUUCUCCUCCUCCUCCUCAUCUUCCUCGCUGCGUCUCCUCUUCAUCAAGAGGAGGAACCGGACAGCCCCGUCGUGAUUUUGUGGAAAUACAUUUUUUGCAAUAUUUUUUUCCCUGCUGGGUGUUGGUAGCGCGCAGUCGGUGCGCGCCUCUGCAAAUUCCGGUGAAUGGUGGAUUUGGCAAACAUGGAGAGCGUGGAGAAGGAAUGCGGGGCCCUCGGGGGUCUGUUCCAGGCGAUUGUCAACGACAUGAAGUGCUCCUAUCCUGUGUGGGAGGACUUCAGCGCCAAGGCCACCAAGCUGCAUUCUCAGCUCCGAACCACUGUUCUGGCUGCUGUGGCCUUCCUGGAUGCCUUUCAGAAGGUGGCAGACAUGGCGACCAACACCAGAGGGGCAACCAGAGAUAUUGGUUCAGCUCUGACCAGGAUGUGCAUGAGGCAUCGCAGCAUCGAGGCCAAACUUCGCCAGUUCACCAAUGCUUUGAUGGAGAGUCUCAUCACUCCUCUCCAGGACAAGAUUGAGGACUGGAAGAAAACAGCCAACCAGCUGGAUAAGGAUCAUGCAAAAGAGUACAAGAGGUCACGCCACGAGAUCAAGAAGAAGUCAUCUGACACCAUGAAACUACAGAAGAAGGCUCGUAAAGAGAUCCAGGGGCGAGGAGACCUGCAGCCUCAGGUGGACAGUGCCAUGCAGGAUGUCACCGACCUGUGCCUGUUGAUGGAGGAGACAGAGAAGCAGGCGGUGCGCCGCGCCCUGGUGGAGGAGAGGGGUCGCUUCUGCACCUUCAUUGGCUUCCUGCAACCAGUUGUGAACGGAGAGAUCGCCAUGCUGGGAGAGAUCACUCACCUCCAGGCCAUCAUUGAUGACCUCACUGUGCUGACAACAGAUCCUCACAAACUGCCCCCUGCUAGUGAACAGGUGAUUAAGGAUCUGAAGGGGUCAGAUUACAGCUGGUCCUAUCAGACCCCUCCCUCAUCUCCCAGCAGCUCUGGCUCACGCAAGAGCAGCAUGUGCAGCAGCGUCAACAGCGCCCACAGUAGUGCCUCCCGUUCGUCAGGAGGAGGUGGUAGUUGUGGUAUUGGCGGAGGUGGUGGUGGUGGAGGUUCCCAACCGCACUCACCCACCUCCUCCUCCUCCUCCUCCUAUCGGUACCGCAGCAGCCUGCCGCACCAGCCUCUGCCGCCGGGGGGCAUCGCGGCACACCGCCUCAGUAGCGUCUCCUCCCACGACUCGGGUUUCGUGUCCCAGGAUGCUAAUAUCUACUCCAAGCCCCCGUCACCCAUGCCCUCGGACAUCACGAGCCAGAAGUCGUCCAGCUCAGCAUCAUCCGAGGCCUCAGAAACCUGCCAGUCGGUCAGUGAAUGCAGCUCCCCCACAACUUUUGGCUCGUCCUUCGCAACCUUCCGCCCCGCUCUCUCUCACUCUGGCUCCACCAGGCCUCUCUCUGUCAUUCUUCCCGUUCCUGCGUCCCCACCCUAUAACCGCCCCCCCGGAUCCAGCUCCUCCUCUCCCACAUCAAAGGUUCCUAUCUGGAAGGAUUGGUCCAAAGCAGGUCAGUAUGAACAGCCCGUGGCUGCAGCAGCAGUUCAGAGGAGAAAGGAGCCCCUCGACAGACUGAGGGAGAGCGAAGCAUCACCAGGCUCCCAGGGGUACGCUGGGACAUCACACCCCGAUGACGGCCAGAGAGCCAGGAUGACCCCGGCUACUAUUGCUGCCAAGCAUGGAGAGGAGGUUUCCCCAGCAGCCAGUGACCUGGCCAUGGUGCUGACCAGAGGACUGAGUAUGGAGCAGCAGAAGAACAGCAGAGACUCGCUGCAGUACUCCAGUGGAUACAGCACAGAGACCACAACCCCAUCCUGCUCUGAGGACACCAUCCCCUCACAAGGUUCAGACUAUGACUGCUACUCAGUGAAUGGUGAUGCUGAAGGCCCAGAUGGACAGACAGAGUUCGACAAGUCCUCCACCAUUCCUCGUCACUCUAAUAUCGCCCAGAACUACCGGCGCAUGAUCCAGACGAAGAGGCCAGCCAGUACAGCCGGCCUACCCAGUGGUGUGCUUGGUCAUGGGAUAUCAGGACAAUCUGGUGGAGCUGUUGGAGGCGGAGCAGGGACUCCAGGCACUGCCACCAUUCGACGAACCCCAUCUACUAAACCAGGUGUUAGGCGCACAUUGUCCAGUGCGGGUCCCAUCCCGAUCCGACCACCCAUUGUGCCUGUCAAGACCCCCACGGUUCCCAGAGACUCACAUUCACCUGGGGCAGGGGGUGGUGCGUAUGCAGCUGGAGGACAUUCGGGUGGUGUACCUGUGCGUGUAGGCAGUGAGGAGUGUGUGUUCUAUGCUGGAGUGGAGGACGCACAGGGUGCGCUUGAUUAUGUGAAGGCGUCACCCAAGCGCCUCAGCCUGCCUAACACUGCCUGGGGAUCAGGGGCAGCAUUAGAGGUCUAUGCCCAACAGCAUGGGGGUCUUGUAAUGGGGACAGGCUCAGGGGCCGGAUCAGAGGAGGAUCAGAUGAUCGCGGCCAAUCGGCAUAGUCUAGUAGAGAAGAUCGGCGAGUUGGUAGCCAGUGCACACGCCCUUGGGGAGGGGCAAUUCCCUUUCCCCACCCUUCCCGAUGACCCAGGCCUGCCACCAACCGGCUCCACCGAUGCUCAGACAGGGACAGAGGAGGCAGAAGGGUCCGGUGAUAUGUUGACCACUAUCAGGAGAGGAGUCCGCCUUCGCAAGACCGUGUCCAAUGACCGCUCUGCACCUCGCAUCUUGUGAUUGGAGGAGAAGCAGGAAGAAGAUGAUACUUGUCAGCCAAUAGGGAGUCAGGUGUUGGUGUGGUCCAAUCCAACCGCCUAGUACAUUCACAAAAAACUAAACCAUGUAGGGAAAGCUAUAAUAUAAAAGAAGAUGAAUGAAAACAUACACAAAAAAUAAGUUUUAAAACAUCAUUAGAGUAAAUGAUAUAUAAUAUUACAAUGAUAAUAACAUUGUUAAUGUUAAUCCAUGCUGACAAUUCAAAGUUAAAUACUGAAUAUUGACAGGCUCCUAGCAGGCCACUAUAACUAGUGUGUGUUGGACGCAUGUUUGUCUUCUCUACACCCUCACCCAGGGACGGACAGACUCACAGGAAAGACAGGUACAAAAAAUGAGGCGAAGAAAGCGCGAAAGACUGGGUUCUGUUCUGUUUGCCAACCUACACUUUUCCCCACCCUCUUCUUUAACUAACCCGACCAUCUAUUCCCAGAUGAAAGACUGAUGACUGAACGAGGGGCCAUUGGGGACGAAAGGGAGAAGUGGGAGGGGGGAUCAGAGUUCCAUGUGACCGGCUGGAUUUGAACUGGCUGUCUCAGCAACAACACACUGUACUUAUAAGCCCAGUGAACUGAAGCUUUGGUAUUAGCACGGGGAGCUAACAAACCAGAGGGCUCCUCUGGUUCAUCCCAAUUUAAAAAAAAAAAAUACUGUUGGCAUUGAACCGUGCUAGUGCCCCUUCCCCUCUCUCUCGCUCUCUCUCUCUCUCUCUGUAUAGUGUGUGUGCAUUCAUGUGUAUGUAUGUGGGCAAAUGUGAAAGAUGGUUGCGUGCGCAUGUUGAUGAAUGUGUGUGCGUGCGCGAGGGGGGUGGGUAAAGCUCUGCUGCAGGACAGCUGGUUACCCAAUGAGGGCAGGGCUUUUCUCCUGUGUGUCGUGCGUGUAAUUUCUUGUUUAUAUCGUAACGUCAUUUACCUUGUUGCCACUGUACGAGACGUUAGGAGAAGUAAUCCAGGCGUAUAGAUAUAUUCAUAUAUAUUUUCUAGAACCAGAGAGAAAUGUUAAAUCAGAAAUGGAGCAAUAAAUGUGUUUUAUUUUCUUGUUUCGAAAAAAAAAGAGGAUUGAUGGGAGUAUUGUGGAUUCUCCUUUGUCACAUUCAGGCAAUCAUCAGGAAUGCUAAAUUACACAUCGACUGUGAAUUCAUGCCAAGCCAGGUUUGGCCUUUUUUUUUUUCUCUCUCUGUCCCUGUCUCUGUUUGGGGGAGGAAGCUGAUCACAAAAAAUGUUGAGAAAAAAAGGAAAACUGUAAGCACUUUGAAACAGUAGGUGGUAGUGUAGAGUAUGUACUAUAGCCACUAGGUGUCGCUGUAGUCAUACAGUCUGUUAGGGAGCACGAGCGUGAAAGAGAAGGUUGUCAAUAAGACUGUGUCCUGAGGAAAUUAUUUAAUUUGUGGAAGGAGAGGAAGAAAGAGGAAGUGAAGAAGACUUGUAAUUGGAGUGGACUGAUUGGUCAAAUGAGAGAUGGGAUAAGGAAGUAAAAGCUAAAUAUUUAUUUAAAAAUGGACUGGAGGUCAGGGCCCUUCAGGGCUCCACAAGCCAUCGCCAGCUGUGGAUUCUUGAAUAGUGCUGAGGGGUUUCAUGAUGUGGUUGAGACUGAGCACACAAUCCCUUAGAACAACUCUGCACAGAGAGGUCAGGCUACUUUUGGAAAUAAGCUUUAGAUGGUUGGUGACAAACCUCACGACGAACAGACAUGUUCUCAUUAGCCAUGCAGAUUGUUUUGGUUUAAUUUUGUCCAGGUUAAUAUAACUGACAUUUCUGUCUCCUCCCCAACAAUCAAGGUGAAGGCAAUUUUAUUUGUGAUGCUCAUAACAUUAAAAGAAUCAUGUUAAAAACAGCUCUUUCUCUGCCCAGAGACAAAAGUCUUGUUUCUCUGGUUCAUCGACAGAUUCUCUUUUCUAAAUCUAUAUAUAUUCUACCAGGAGAUGUUACAGUAACUUGGAUACUUUCUCAGACUCAUCACUGUGGAUUUUUUUAAAUGAUAUGUUUUGAUACUGCAAGCACAAAAGAUUCAAUUAAUUUAACCUCCAUUGUACUGGCUUGGAGGCAGGAAUAGCAAAUCUCAAAUACCUGGGCGAAUAAAUCCCAAACCAUCACCAAGCAGAAUAUCACAGAAUAUGUUUAUUUGUAAUUGGGCUCCACUGACUUUUAAACCUACAACAAUAGACUUGAGAUGCAAUUUACAUGUAGAUUAUGAUCAUUGGACAAACAUUCGAGUGGCAUGUAUGUAUUCUGAGCUCUGUAUUCAGACUUUUCAAAUUGAACACAGUGGGAUUGUUUUUUCCUGUGUCCAAACCCCAUAUUACAAAGUUAUCUCAUAUUUAUGUAUAAAUACAUAUCAGCACAUUGGCUUACCUGCAAUUAUGGUCUUAAAUACUGUAAUCCUGCAUAGUGGGGAGGCAAAGUUAAGCCUUGAACCUUUAGCCCCAGAUUCACUUCAGUCAAAACCUUCUCCCUUUAUUAAAUGACCUACAGCAAUCAUGUGUUUCAUACAAAAUGAUACUGCACAAAAAGUACAGUUUGUUGCUAACAGUGUUGGGCAAGAAUUUCGACAUCCAGAUAUUACAUUACAGUUACUUAUCAACAGUUUAGGCAUCAAACUGUGUGUCAGAUAGCAGACUUCAGCUUGGUGCAGGGACGAGAGGUGCAGCUUGGCGGUUUGCAGCUGUCAAACAAGGAUAAACCAACACCUCCCAGGAACUCCAAAGUCUUCUGACAACAUUCACACAUAAUGUUUUCUGAGCUAACAGUUAGCAACAGGUAGCUUUGCUUUUGGCUCUGUGAAGUCACCAGCUCUUGGCAGUCUUUAAAAGUAAUUUUACUGACUACUGUUCAGGUAAUGUAAUGUUUAACAAGUCACUGAAUACAUUUUUCAUGGUACUUUCAUGGCCCAAUAUCAGUUCAAGUUCAGCACUGGAAACGGUUCAAACAUAACCACAUUCCUACCAUUUAUUUAGUCACAGAAAAUGAAUGUAGUUCCAUUGAUCAAGUUCUUUUAGCCUAUUGAUUGUUGUGUGAGCACAACAAUGCUGUCUUACCUAAAUAAAACUACCAGUCUACCCCAGUGCAUUUCAGUCCAGCUCAUUGCAGAUAACCCAGUUGGGCUCAGGGCACGGCAGAAUGAAAGGAUCAUUUGUGGACAUUAAGAAAAGGUGAUGAUGCGUUUACUGAUGACAAAGAAGAAGAAUGGUUAGAGUUAGACUCGUGAAGCUGACAGAGAGAGGAAAAGAUGUGUGGAACGAGCAUUUCACUGCCUGUUCAUACAGUGUGUACUGUAUAUGCUGAUACUUGUAACCGAGAAUCAGGCGCACAGAUUUGGUAUAAAGGUUUGUUUGGAAAUAUUACAUGGACAAUUUAGUUAAUAUUAUUUUUUCAUCCUGCAGUAGGCUACUGUUUGAAUAUUAAGUCUUACUUUUAAUUAAUGUAAAAAAAAGAAGAAAAAAAACUCCAGUUGUAACACAAACUACUAAGCUGUGUAACAUAUGGAUGCGGGGUGUGUGGGUCGAGAGCGAGUGUGUCUUUGUUUGGCUGUUGAACUGUAGGCUAGGUGAACUCUUCAUCAACAUGUCUGUACGCGCUUUUAGCAGUGACUUGAACAUAGCCAGUGACAUCAGCGCUCCUUUUGUCCACUUAUUUAUUAUAUUUUGCUGAAUAGAGCACUGUUUUAGACAUGUGUGCCACUGUUUUCAAAAUAAAAUUAGGUUGAUUUAAUAUAAAGAUACAGAGAGGAGGAUGUUUGCAAGUUUCAAACAUUGUCACCCUCUGCAAGCACUUUUCUUUCUUUUUAUGCUUCAGCAAGGGAUGUUUUAUUGUUUUUGUCUGGGGGGGGGGGUAACACUGUACGUGUCCUGUCACAUGCUGAUGAUGCGUGUUGUAUCAGGUGAAUCAGACUGGGUGAGAGGGUGGAAGGGGAGAGCAGAGGGCUCGGACUUCACCCCCCCCUCCCUAAAAUAGAAAAGUUAAAGGUAUGAAAAUGUUCAUCUGACGUGUCUGUUUCAGAGGACACAUUGUACACGAAUAUACGUACAUAUGCUGAAUGUACUACAAGCUGUGUGAAAUGUUGCAACGUUAGAAUUUUGUUCUUGUACAACUGAAUGAAGUUUCCUGUCUGAAGGGCAGGGAAGCAACACAAUAAUAGUGUGCAUGUACGUACAUUCACCAUGAUGUUCCAGUGUGGGCGUGUUAAAGGAAAGUACCACUGUUUUGUCCACUCGAGGAUACUUGGUGUUCCCCCAUCUACAAGCUAUUCCAUACUGCACGGCUCUAAAUAUAUGAUUUGGACAUUUGAAAACUAUCCAAGGACGCUGCUAGAGCCGAUUCCACUAGUCUGAAUGUGUAUGUGCUGUGUGUAUAUUAAUUCUAAGUUCAAAGUGACACAAUUGAACUCACUGCCACUUGUCUACAGGAAGUUACUGCUUGAGUAAAGUGUUUAUAACACCCUGCAGAUCAGACACGCGGCUCAUUUACAGACGAUUGACACAACUCAGGAUAAGGCUUCUGAAAACAUUGGGUUUUCACAUUGACUGAGAGGCCAAGAUAGUCAGAUGUAACUGCACACAGGAUGACUGGCUAUGGGAUGAGUGUGAGAUGGGUGUAAGAUACAACGCUGCUAUUUUCCUUUAAAUCGCCCGAAUAACAGCACAAGUCAUCCAACUAAACAAUAAUUUCUUUUUUUAACAUGCUGUAUUAACCGUGUACUGAAUUAACUGUCUGAACAAGCUGAAAUAACUGCUCUGCUACACACGUGUCAAUAUGCCCAUUUUUUACGAGUUGUUGUGUCUGUGGGUAGAAGUCAGCAAAGCAGAGCUACAGUGACAACAUUCUGUAGGAAUACACAUUGACACUAUUACAUGCGUGCAGGCAUGCGUGCAUACACACACUCACAAAAACACAUACACAAACGCACACAUAUACACACUGUAGGAUACACACAGGGAGGAGACUACACAUCCGUGACUACAGCAUGUCUAAACGGAACAACCAACGUAAAAAAACAUUUUAAAAUGUGGGAAAUAUUCCCAUCUUUCAGUGACAUGGAAACAUUUAAAUAUCCUCAGCUCUGAGCUGUCUGCCAGCGUGUGAGCUAUAACACCUAGAUUAAUACAAACAUGGAACAUAUGCUACAUUUCUGUCACGUUGCAGGGAGUUUCAUACAGUAUGCAAACUGACUUCAGAAAUAAUGACUUCAGAAAAGACUUUCUUUAGAUACAACCAGUCCCAAAGACUAUAGUGCUGUUGAGUAUUGAGUUUGUGCAUACAGAUUGUAAAAUGUUAAAGGAGUUGUUUGACAUUUUGGGAAACAUUCAUCGCCUUUGAGUUGAAGACAUUGAUUCCACCUGUAAGCCGCCUGUAGAUGGUUAGUGAAGCUCAGCAUAAAAACAGAUGGAAGAACAGAAAAAUCUAAACCUCAUUCAACGUUACACAAUCCACCAGUGUUUCAAGUUGAAUUCACACAAAAACUGUGCGUUGUGCUUUCAUUCGGGGCAUCCGUCCAAUAUCUACACCACUCAUCCUUUGAGGAUUGUGGGGGGAGCCAAUCCCAGUACACCCUGGACAGGUCACCAUUGCAUUGCAGGGUCAACAUACAGCCAAAUAACUUCAGUCAGACUCACAUUCACUCCUACGGUCAGUUUAGAGUCUCCACUGUGGGGGGAAGCCAAAGCACCGAGAGGAAACACACGCAGACACGGGGAGAACAUGCAAACUUCCAACAGGAAUUCCAACCUGAUCCACCACACCCCCAUGACACCCAUUGGGUGCAUCCUAAGAAAAACAAAAGAAUCCAAAUUCUCCAAAAUGCUGAUCUACUCCUUUCAACAUUCGAUGAAAACUUUGAUCCAUUGUUUGAGAUGGUGGAAACACAUUUGGACUGAGACAUAAAUACUCAACAGCAACAUUGUCUGCAAAGCCUGGAUGAAAACUGCCAAUUAAGUCUUGAGUUUGCCUUUCAACACACACAUCUUUAACCAAAAGCAAAAGAAAUCUGGAUUUUCAAAUCCCUCUGAUCCCCAGACACCUCCGUAUCCCUGUCUUCUUUUUACUCUUUGUUCUGUUUCUCUUUCCGUUCUUAAAACUCCCCUUAACCUCCACAGAUCGAUACUCACAGGGAAGCCAUCCAGCUGACAAAUCACAAAACAUUGCUUGUCAUAGAGUCUGGAUCGCUGUACUCUGUCUCUGUGCCUCUCAGCCCAUCAAAGCUAAUGAAAAAUAAUUCUGAUGAAGUCUUUAUUUUCCUCACACUGGAUAAGAGUUCAUCUCUCUCUCUCUCUCUCUCUCUCUCUCUCUCUCUCUCUCUCUCUCUCUCUCUCUCUCUCUCUCUCUCUCUCUGCCUCCCCCUGACUCCUCUUCCUCCCCCUCUCUCCAUGUCUGUGUAUGUCGGUGUGCAGCACCUCACAUGUGGGUGUGUGUGUGUGGUAAUGGCUAACGGGUGGUAUCAUUAUGGGUCCAGAGUGAGCUGUUCAAAGAAGUGUCAGCCAGGGCAAACUUCUCCCUCCUGUACCAGUAACGUGAGCUGGUUUUUAAAGCGAGCAGCUGGAUGUCUCCAUCUCAGCACUAGAUUACAUUUUAAUUAAUUUUGAUCAAGCUUUUUCAGAGAUAUCCUUUUGGCUCAAUCUCACAGGCUGUUUAUAUUACUUUGAUGGUUUCUUGGUGAGCUGUUAACAAAAAACCUGCAAGAUGCAAGUGUGAGUAGUAAUUCAACGCACAGAGGGAUAUUUUACCCACAUUACCAUCGCAAACAAUCUGAGGGUGAGCUUCGUAGCCAUUUUGCUAUAUUUCUGAUUCGGCUGCUGUCUCGCCUGCUUUUGGGGAUGCGCUGUCUGUGCUUUAUUUUUGGCACUGCUCCCAUUUUAAUAAAUCGAUCUCAUGCAUUUGUGGAAUAGAGGUGAAUGAGUCCCGGCCAACUUAAAGCUAAAACCUGGUGCCUGGAUAGAUGCAGGGCCUGGAAAGAUGAGCUCUGAAGCAGUGAGAGCUUUUAAUAAAGUGUGGCAACAAACUAUUUGACAUCAGAAUUUCUUCAUCAAAGUCUGAGAUGAAGAUCUCAUCUUUCCAGAUCCAUAUCUUCCAUAACAUUAUUGGCAAGCUACUAAAAACUCAAUUUACCAUUUCAUUAAUAAGCCAUUCUCCAACCACUGUUAGAAAUGUAGAGACCAAGAUUUGAGUCGCAGGAAUCGACAAUGUGUCCUUUUGUUAUUGUCAGAUAUGACAUAAUGGGAUUAAAAGUAAAGUAGGCAGGAGCUUGGGCUGCCUGUUGAUGGUCAAUGACCAUAAAACAUUCCGCAGUGGCCAACCCACUCAUUAAUUUUGACAACUAUCCAUGCAUUCAGAUGAGUUUCCGUAGUUACUCAGAUUCAUGGGAAAUAGACAGACUUUCUCUGAGUGCACACAGCAUUAACUUCCCACUAGAAAUUUGGUGUGAUUGUGAUGUGUGCAUUUGAAUGCACGGAGAAUUCUUAACCGUUUGAAAUUAUUUAGAUACAUAUUUGCUUUUGAAGGGAAAGUUAUGUAUUUAUGAUCAGACCUGUAUGUAUAACCCACUCCUUUAGCCAUCUGCCCAGGUUAUAUUGAGUGUGUGUGUGUGUGUGUGUGUACACUGUAUUGUGUUGCAUGUGGUUCAGAACCCUGCUGUUCCUCCCCCCACCUCCUACACACAAUCUGUCAAUCGUUCCUACUGUCUAAUCCACUACACACACAGACACACACACACACACACACACACGACUAAGGUAGAUUCUUGGAACUCACAUGACACUGAAGAUCUCUAGAGGGGGUCAUGAUGAAACGCAGUGUAACUUCCUGUCAUACAGCCAUGCAGAGGGGAGUGGCCUCCUGGUUCUACGGUCACUGUAACUAAACUGAAUGUCUUUCUGUCAGUGCUCCAGUUCUUGCUAGUAGUCUCUCGCUCGCUUGCUCUCUUCCUCUACAAACCUCCUUCUGCACUCUACAGAGAAAUCUCUUCACAACCAAGCCGUCAAGUUAUUUCUAUGGGUCUGUUCUGUUCAAACGACAUCAUUGUGACGGAGUCGACAUCAGCUUCAUCUUUCUGUACAAAUCGAUCUUCUGCUCUUCUCGUCCCUCCUGAGUAGCCCUGCAGGAACUGUGGUCUUGUCUUUUUCUCUUUUCCCCCUCUCACGUCUUCUGCUCUUCUUCUUUAAUUUAUUGUGAAUUAAUUUCUGAGGUUUUUUGGCCUUUCAGUUGCUGAUGUUGAGGUUUUAUCUUUUCUGUCUUUUUUUUUUGUUAACUUUAGUCACUGCUAAUGUAACAAAACGCACUGUGAUGAUUCCAGUAUUAAUAAAAGUUGUACUUAAACUGUG